CAUUUCCUCUUCUGUCCAUCACCAUGUCUGACGACGAGGUCGUCGUGAAUAAGAACAAGAGCCACCGCAAGGACAAGCAAGCGUUUCAACCGUCCGAUAACAAAGCAGGUGCAUUUACCGAGGAAUCCUCGUUUGCCACCCUUUUCCCAAAAUACCGUGAAAAGUACCUGCGUGAAGUCUGGAGUGCAGUCACCCGCGCAUUGGACUGCUCAUCAUGCACACUGGAUCUCGUUCAUGGAUCGAUGUCAGUUAGAACAACGAGGAAGACGUUUGACCCAUAUAUCGUUCUCAAGGCCCGCGACAUGAUCAAACUCCUGGCACGAGGAGUUGCCAUCAAUCAAGCUGUGAAAAUCUUGGAUGACAACGUAGCAUGCGACAUCAUUAAAAUAGGGAACCUGGUCAGAAAUAAAGAAAGAUUUGUCAAACGAAGACAAAGGAUCAUAGGUCCAGAUGGAAGCACGCUGAAGGCCAUCGAACUUUUAACGCAAUGCUAUGUCCUUGUACAAGGAAGCACAGUGAGCGUCAUGGGUCCCUACAAGUCAUUGAAGGAAGUUCGCCGAAUAGUUCUCGACUGCAUGAAGAAUAUACACCCAAUAUAUCGAAUCAAAGAGCUCAUGAUACGUCGUGAACUAGCAAAAGACCCAAAAUUGGCGACGGAAUCGUGGGAUCGUUUCCUUCCUCAAUUCAGGAAGAAACACCUCAAGACCUCAGAAAAGACUGCGAAGAAGAAUGAAAAAAUACAGACACAGAACGACGCGCGCGCUGCAGCUGGCUUACCCGAAGCAUCAACAUCAAAGGCUACUAAGAAACCGUAUACUCCCUUCCCACCUGCCCAGCUUCCUCGAAAGAGAGAAGAAAGCAAAAGGUUUAUAACUCCACAUGUUCAAGUCGACGCGACAGAAAAGCGUCGCAUCGAACGUGCGGAGGCAUUUGUUGCUCCCGCAGAGACCGCGGAACCCACUAUCGAGCAGAAACGGAAGCGGAAGGCUGUGUCGAUUGACGAUAGUGGAGAUGCUUCUACCUCGACGAAAAAGAAGAAAAAGCAUAAGGUGCCAGAGUUGUAGCCCUCGUUCGUCCAUACUCUAUGUUUUAUUCCGCUGCAAACUUUUUGCGUACUUAUAUCUUGAUCCGGUUUUGAAGGCCUCGCGCUUAAGUCAGGGUUCGAGUCCCUAGAAAUCAUCUGUGACGCGUGAAGA